AUGGGAGAUAAUAAACAACUUUAUAUAUUUGAUAUUGAUAGUGCAUUAGAUAGGCUAGAGAAUGAGGAAAAUGAAAAUCAAGAAACUUUUCCAAUUAUUAACACAGAAACACAAAGUCAAAUACAAAAUAAUGAAAUUACAAAGCAACAACAACAGCAAAAGCAUAAUCAAGACUGUGUAUUGCAGCAGGAGAGCGAAAAAGAGGAGAACGGGAAUGUUUCGACUUUAAAGAAUACGUCAACCAUUAUUUAUGAAGAUUUGUCAAUCGACAAUAAAGAGUUGUCGGAAUCAACUUUGUUAUCUUUAAAAAAUGAAAGUAAGACGGAGGAUGAGGAAACCAGCACAGCAAAAUAUCAAAUAAACGAUGAAAUGGAGAGUCGAUCUUUUAAUCUCCUUGAAAAUUAUCAAUCAAUUAGUGUGGAUGAUAAAAUCACCGCAACAUCGAGUAUUAUAUUGACGAGUUCAUCAGCGACAGACACAACGAGUAGCAGCAGCAUUAAUAGUAAUGAAAUUCAAAGCGAAGAUGAUGAGAUAAGAAAGAGUGACCAAAUUCCUUUAAAUGUUUCUCAAUUCGACAUCGAUGAAUCAUCAAAGCGACUAAUUAGUGAGGAAGGUGAACCGGAUCAACCAGUUACAAGCGAUUUAACAUUAACGAAGACCGUUGAUUUAACGGAAUACGAUCCAGAACCCGAAGAAUUGGAAAUCGAUAAGCCAGAGGAAGUAAAAAAUAUCAUUGAUAAUGAAGUAAAUAUAGUCCAUGAGCCUGUCGUGCAAGAAAAGGUUGUAGAAGAGCCAAUUGACAUUAAGGAGAUGUCACAUAAUUUUGAGUCAACAAUGGACGAUAUUUCCGACGCAGAGCUUGAAUCUUUAGAACAGGAAUUAGACGACUUAUUAGCAGCUUCUUUGAUUGAUGGAAGCCUUGAAAAAAUCCAGGAAGAAGAGGUUGUCGUUAAACUUGCAGAAACGGUUGAAAAAACUCUCGAAAUUGUAGAGAAAAAUAGCCCAGAAAUUACAGAGGAAGUAGAUAAGCCUACAGAAAUUAUAGAGAUCCAGGAAGAAAUUAAGGAGGUAGAAAUUGAAGCUAUUGAAACUGACGAAGGUGCCAAAUCUAGCGAAGUAAUUGAACCAACAAGUGAUCCACAAGAAACAAUCAAAACUGAACAUCAAGAUUCAGAAAUAUCUGAAGCACAAGAAGCAGUAGAGCCAAUUCCAAAAGAAGAAAGUAAUGAAGUAGAUCCAGUAUUGUCAACAAGCUCUACAGAUGAGUCAGCUUCAAUCCAGUGCUUACCAUCUCAAUCAAAUGAAGACUUUUCCAUAAAUGAAUCGAAUUCAACUGGAAGUUUAACUUCGCAACCGGAUUUAGGGAAAGUUCCACCAUACUGGAUACCUGAUAAUAUGACAAAUCAGUGCAUGCAAUGUGACCAGAAAUUCUCAUUAAUUAAAAGGAGACAUCAUUGUCGAGCUUGUGGCUUACUUUUGUGCUCAGCAUGUUGUAAUGAAAAGUUUUUCCUUGAUUAUUUGCAAGCAGAAGGCAGGAUAUGUAGUCCAUGCCAUGAAAUUUUAGUUAAAUCAAAAUUAAAUCAACAGUCACAACCAAAACAUCCUAAUCCAGCUAAUCCUAGCGAAUAUUGUAGUACAUUACCAGUACAUCAGCAAAUCGAAGAAACGUCCCCAUUAACUGUCAUGGUACCUAAAAAUGGAGUUCUUAAAAGACCUACAGCAAAUCCAAUUAAAUCGGCGGAAAGAAAAAGCGUUAUGUUUAGCGACGGAAUACGCCCAGGAACUGAUUUAGACGAAACAUUUGGUACCACAACAUCACGUACAUCUUAUGAGAAACCAAAAUUAAAAUUUAACGAAAAGAACAAUAGCUAUAUCCCUGAACUGGAAAACGAAUUACCGCCAAUUUUACUCAAAGAAAGUGAAUAUAAGUACGUUGACAAUAAUUUGUUACUACUUCAACGUCUCAGGCAAGAGGAAUUGAAAUUUGUAAUCACGAAAAACUUUUACGUUACUGUUAAAAUUGUCACAUUAAUUUGUUGUACCAACAAAACUGUUAUAAAUAUUUCAACAUCAGGCUUAUUGGCCGUGCGACAGGAUGAGAUAAUGAUUUUAUUGGAACUUAAUGAUGACAUGAAAAGUUUACCGAAGGAAGUAUUUUUACAUUUGAAUGAAAUUUACAGCAAAGCUGAUAAGAGUAAUGUGAUUAUUAAGGAGUAUGGUUAUAGUCAGGCGAUAUCUAACAAUUUCUUGGGAGCUUUUGGAGGUUUUCUUUACAUCAGACCGACUUUUCAGUGUUUGCAGAGUUUAACGAUCCCAGAAAGUCCGUACUUGAUAGGUCUGCUUGUGCAUAAGUGGGAAGUUCCGUGGAUGAGGCUGUUCCCACUUAGAUUAAUUUUACGACUAGGGGCACUUUACCGUUAUUAUCCAACACCAAUUUUAUCAAAUGUCAAUCGUGAGCCUGUAUUCGCUGAAAUCGGAAAUACGAUAAUGAACUUUUUAGUCGAUUUUAGAAACUUUUCGUAUACAAUUGAAAUUACUAAAGGUCUUAAUAUCCACAUGGAAGAAAAAAAGACCUCUGUUUUUAUUCCACGUAACCGGUUUGAUCAAAUCAUGAAGGUUUUAAACAAUUCUACGGAUCAUCUUUUAGCAUUUGGAGCUGAUUUUAGUAGACUGGCAGAUGGUCACUUAGUGUGUAUACAAAAUAUUGAUGCAGGUUCCUCAGAAUCACUAUCAUAUUCAACGCAAGCAAUUAACAUUCAAGGUCAGAGUAGAAUUAGAACUGGAGCAAGUUUUCUUAUUCUUAAUGGUGCAUUAAAGCAAAGUAGCGGUUUAAAAGGCAAAUGUAGUAUUGUUGAGGAUGGAUUAAUGAUACAAAUAUUUUCAACAAAAAUGCAAAGUAUUCGCGAUGCACUAAAAAAUAUGAAAAACAUUGAGAUUCCUUGCGGACCAAUUGACGACGAUCAAAAGGAGGUCGAGGAAAUUGUGUCAAUUGAAUGGGUUGAUGAUGAUUUGAGUUUUAAUCUCGGUGUUUCGUCGCCUAUUGAUGACUUAUCAUUUGAAGGCAAAGAAAGCAUAAGAACGAGACUUGAUAUUACGAGCACAAGUCAUACAAAAGUAUUGAGAUGGUGUGAAGUAUUCUUAUUGGAAUCUGAUGAUGCACCUGUUACUGACGAUCAUUUAAAUUAUUCAAAACUGUCUGAACCUAUCGCUAAAGCUUGUGGGAAUGCUCUACUUCCGUUUUUAGAUUUAAUGGCUGUCAAUCAAUUAAGAAGAAUUGGUAUUCGUGUCACCUUAGGUGAAAAUAUUAAGUACUUGGCCGGCUCUAAUAAGCUGCUUUUUUCGCCAAUCUAUAUGAACGCAUUAGAUAAUGAACUGAUUUCUGUAAUUCAUCGACAAGCUAGUAAUUUAUCUCGUGACUCUAACAUAACAAUGGAAUUAAUAUUUUAUAUUCUGAACAAAUAG